GGCCGCCGUCACGUGCCGCGUCCGGCCCUACUCCCGGCUGCUGCGGCCGCGGCCGGGCGGCUUCGCUGGACCAUGGCUGAGCAGCGACAGGACAAGGCCGUGCUGAUAAGCGAGACCAGGCGGCGUUUCGAGGCGGAGUACCUGCCAGAUAGAGCAGAUAAAUAUGAUGCUAGAGAUGUGGAAAGGCUCCAGCAAGAUGAUCAAUGGGUUGAAAGCUUUUUGGUUUGGCGUCACGAUGUCAUGGAUGACACCUUGAAGAUGAUUGAUGAGAGCUUGCAGUGGAGGAAAGAAUACACAGUUAACGACUUGACAGAAUCUGCCCUUCCAAAAUGCUUGUUUGAAAGUGGCGCGCUCUUCCUGCACGGAUAUGACAAGGAGGGCUAUAAAUUAUUUUGGUUCAGAGUGAAACAUCAUGUAAGAGAUCCUAAACAGCAACUUGAGAAAAAGAAACUGGUAGCUUUUUGGUUAGAACAUUAUGCAAAGAGAGAUCAUGGAAAGCCCUUAACAGUGGUAUUUGACAUGUCUGAAACUGGGAUCAGUCACAUAGACUUGGAUUUUGUUCGGUUUAUUGUCAACUGCUUCACAGACUAUUACCCAAACUUCCUCACAAAGAUAGUGAUCUUCGAAAUGCCCUGGAUAAUGAAUGCCGCAUUCAAAAUCGUGAAGGGUUGGCUUGGCCCAGAUGCCAUCAGUAUGCUGAAGUUCACCAACAAGAGCGACGUCCAGGAGUACAUCAGUGGAGAGUAUCUGCCCCCUCAUAUGGGUGGAACUGAUUCCUUCAAGUACAGUUACCCUCCACUGGUGGAUGAUGAUUUUCAAACACCCCUGUGUGAGAAUGGGCCCAUUGCUAGUGAAGAUGAGCAUGAGAGUAAAGAAGAGAUAGAGUCAGACACCAAGGAGCCUGGGGAGCUGAGUGAAGAGCCUAACCAGAAAAAGAUGAAUUCUGUAGAGCAAAUUUCCAAGUCAGAGGAAACUGACAAAACAGAGAUCAAACCAAAAAAUGCCAAGAAAGCAUUAACCACUUUUAAAGGACCUCUGUUACACAUCAGCCCAGCAGAAGAGCUGCAUUUUGGAUCCAAGGAAAGUGGAGAGAAGAAAUGUCUGAUUGUUCUCACCAAUGUCACCAAAAACAUAGUAGCUUUUAAGGUGAGAACAACUGCUCCUGAGAAGUACAGAGUGAAGCCCAGCAACAGCAGCUGUGAGCCCGGCGCAUCACUGGAUAUCGUAGUCUCUCUGCAUGGUGGCUUUGCAGCUUCUCUGCAGGAUCGUUUCCUCGUCAUGGCAGCAGAAAUGGACCAGUCUGCUGCAGCAGGAGUGCCAGAGCUGACGCAGUUUUGGAAAGAGGUUCCUAGGACCAAAGUGAUGGAACAUAGGCUUAGGUGUCACGUGGUUGAAAGUAGUAAGCCUUCUUCUCUGACAUUCAAGGAGAGCACAUUUAAUAUUCCAGCCAAACCCAAUGAAGAUUUACACAUGCAGAUAACUCAUUUGCUGCAGAUUAACAAAAGACUUCAGGAGCAGAUUGACCGCUGCCUCUGGUUCCAGCAGCUGUCACUUGUGCUGUCAUUGCUGUCAGUUACUGUUGUUGCCUUCUGCUUCUACCUGGCCUAUGUCCAGAGAAGCUAAAAAGAGCUGCUGUGCACUGGAUGUGCUGCCUGCCAUGGUUGGUUAGAGCGGGAAAGAUUGCAGUGCUCUGCUGGGAAUCUGGAGCUGCCCAGGUGAGAGUGACUGCCCAAGACGAGAACAAGGACGCGCUUUGCUGAAACCAAACAUGAAGCAAUGAGUGACCUGCAAGGGAAGCUGCUGAGGGGUGACACCUGGAGCAGGGCACGAGGAAGAUGGUAAAGCUAGGAUGCAUUUUCACUGUACGACUCAACAGAUGGGAGGAGGAAACCAAAUGCCACAGAACUUACAACCACUUAGGUCUUUUCCCUCUAAUCAACCGCUUUAAACACAGUAUUUAACUGCAUCUCAGCCUGUUCCUCCCUGCACUCUGAAUUGUUCUGGUAGAGGUGCAAGCAGUCAGCUUUGUGUAUUCCAAAGGUUAACCUGUUCAGACAGGGAAAUUUACAGAGAUUCUCUAGUACAGGCAGAUAUUAAUUAUAUUUUGUACCUAAUUACACACACCCCCAUAGAAAGGAAGAUGCUUGUUGUUGGUAAGUUUGGUACUUCAGGCUCACUGCUGUGCUUUCAUUGUUUCAGUUCUUUCUCUUUGUGCUUUUGCUGUAUGCAAAGUUCCUGUAAAUACUUCCUGCCAACUACCCUACAGCCAUGGGGACCAGGAAGAUAGCCCUGUCUGAUUCCAAAGGUACUAAUGAGGUAGUAGUGAGCAGACCCGGCUUUACCUGCUGUGCUUUGCAGCUUUGUUGGGAGCAGCUUGCAGUCAAGUUGCAGAAGGAGUGUGACAGUUGAGGUGUGAUGAGCUGUUGCUGGCUCCUGGAAAGGCUGCUCAGUAGUCAGUGUAUGAACAACUUCUGGGAUGUGCAAUAUGCUUAAACUCACAAGGAAUUUACUCCAACAGCAGAAGUCAGGAGGAUUAGCCAUGGCUGAUUGCAGCAUGGGAGUGCUGUGUCUGCUGUCUCAGAAACCUGAGGAAGUGCUAUGUGAAGCUAAGGAGAGUUCCUUGUACUCACUGCUGUAAAUGUGUGCAUUAGACUGAUGGACACUUCAAAGGAGGCUGAUGGCAUCUUUCAUACACUGAAUUUUUCACUCCUAAUGAGGUCUAAAACUUUAAAAUAAUUUCUCUACUGGGAUUAUUUUUUGCUACAAAUGGGCUCUGCCAUAGAUUAUCUUGUUUUGUCUGCUGACUUCCAGAGAUGAGAUUGCUGAUGAAGCCUUAGGCCAUACUGUGCUGCUGUCUUUGCUCAUAGUGUCUUUGCAAUCAUUCCUAGGAAUCAGAAGGGCAGAUUAAAAAGCACCACUAAACAGGUGUACUCCUAAGGCAGCACUAUGGUAACUGCAACAAUUCCCUUGUCAUAGGCAAGGCUGCAGGAGACUUUGGUACACACUCCUCUGGCCUUUAACAGCUUACACAAGGUUUUGCCACAGCCAGUUGUUGCUUAACUCUUCAGUAAUCUCAUUUCUGUUCCCAUUGCUUCUUAGUGUUUUGUUUUCUUCACGAGCUGACUGCAUCUGUUGCUCACUGCUUGCUACGAAACUGCUGUUUAGGUUAUGGUCAGCUGCAUGCAACUCCAGUGUUUCGCUCCCUGCAAAACGAGUUGUUGCCUGGCUGAGGAAGGUAACAAAAUGGUUUGUAACCUCAGAGUGGUGGUGACCAUGCCAUUGAAAUGCCCAUUCCUUCAUCUGAGUGGAUUCAAUUGCACUUUACUGUCAAAAUGCAAGAAAUCUAUUCUUAGAGUCUCUGCCAAUGGAACAUUUGGAUGUGUUGGUGCUUUGGGAUAUUUGCAGUAUUUUGUUACUGAUGGCAUUUCCUUCAUACGGUGCAGCAGGUGGACACCUUUUCUAUUUUAAUACCUUCUAGAGAAAGACAGUUGCAAAAUAAACAUGAGGAAAUACUUA